AUGGAGCAAGUGACAGAGAGCAUUUUGUCGUCUAGCUUGCCCGAGACCAGUGAUGAUUUGGCCUUUGAUAUGGAGAUACGCCUUUGGCGCUUAGAGGUUGCUCUUGCUGCGCGGAAAUUGUUGUCGCUAGGCCGCUCUUAUGAGGUUCACUUCACGUUGCCUCGCGGUCCGGUGUUGAAUUUGCAGCUACUGACGCACUUUGGAUUUUCGGUCUUUGCUCUUAUGAAUUCGCACGUGUUCCAAGUGCAAAAAAUUGGGAAUUCUCGGUAUCCAAUGGAGUUUCUGGACAAAGUAGCGGGUAGAUCUGUCGCCCCUAUCUACACAAUUGAACCGGAUGACUUUUUCGUCGGAAUGGACGUUCAUGAUUUUCUUCUCUGUCCUCGUAAACUCAAGCAGCUUCACUUUGACGUAGCUUCUAUAGGUGAAGAUAUUGUAAUCAAGAAAGAGCACGAUGAAUGUACAAGUAGGACAAUCGCGCUUCGUUUCAUACGCAUGGGGAACUCUAUGCAACCUGAUCUGAGGAUGGGACGUACACCAGGAAGAAUUUUGCGUGUGCUUGAUGAGAUUACAAUUUGUCAUCAGCAGCUUGUAAAACGGUAUGAUGUUAUGAUUCAACAGGAUCGAUUGACAGUACAGCGACUGCACUCCGCAAAAAAGCUACUCAUGUACGUGAAGAUUAUGACUGGAGAUGCGAAAAACGUCUUGAUGAAGGACAGAACAUUUCAAUUUAUUGAUUGCUUUCAAAAAUGGUAUAUUGCAAUCAUAAAUGAAGAAGAAGAAGUUGUUGAUGUAGACAAGGAUGGCGUCAAUACUCAUGAAGACAAGCUUAAUCUGUCAAUGAAGGACAUGUUAGUCGAUAUGCGAUAUGAACGUACGAGACACGGUGACUACGACAAUUGCAAUGUCCCCUCAGCACCUGCAUCCAUCCUGCGUCACAAACGCUCACCAUUACAGUUCUCGGGACCGUCAUCUAGCAUGACGAAAAAACGAGUCACAUUUGCUGAAAAAACUGAUCCAGGUGAAGUCAGUGUUAUCACCAAACGUGAUUCGACGCAAACCAAAGCUUCAGCUUCGGCCAUCUUGCCUUCCCUACAGGCUGAGCGAAACCAAAAGGCUUCUAAACCCAAGAAUUUUGGGGUGGAAGAAGGCCAAUUGUACCUCCAGGCCUUAUUUAGCCCAAAUGUUGACAUUGUGUCUUCUCUUAACGAGUUGGCAGUAGUUGUGCAAACUCUGCCGAUUUCGACCAUGAGCAAGGAAUUUAAAUUAACUGCGGGACUCAAGCUUAGGCGCGAGUUACAAAAAACUGGUUCAUCUCAUUACAUUGCGCGAUUUCGCCUUGGCCAUAUAUCAUUUGAUUGCUCUGGUGUUAGUGAUCGAGAAGUUACGAUUGGUGCGCUGUCGAGGCUAACGAGGGCAGUGAGUGAACAUCAAAGGCUGUACGGUAAUAUGCUUUCUUACUUAAAAAGUCAUUUUGGGUUUUGCAAAAACAAUGAUACCCGAAAAGUGAAGGAUGCGACAUUUAGUUAUCUUGUCACUAAGAAAAUAGUGUGGUUCCAUGAGCAAUUUCAUGAAGAUAUUGACAAUGUUGUUGUGUGCGAUAUAGUUGCGCACAUUCAGCAAUUUCCACUUGUAUGUAGACGAGGAACAUCUCUUCCUAGCACGAAAAGUGAAGUAGUUGACGCGUUAAUGGCAUUUCUCAUGAAAUUGGUUGAUCAAUUUGAGGAUAGCUUGCAGCAAGAUCGCGCAAAACAGAUUAAAAUUGAAUCUCAAACCGACCUUUGUGAAACUUACCAAGACAUCGAGGCAUACGAGCAGAAUAAUAUUAUUGAACUGGAGAAUGAACAUGGAAGUAAAAAGUCCGAUGCUAGUAGGGUUGCAGAAUUACGGUCUUUGGGAAUUCUGCGUAAGCGGCACUAUGCUCCCCGGGAAGCAGAACAAUAUGAGCGUGGUGCACCUCGUCCGCGUUUGUCAUACUCUGAUACGCAAAUGUCACAAUCAUCUGAGAGGAGCUACGUUAAACAGCAGAAGGAGGGUACAGCGGCAGCAAACGCUACACCUUUGUUUGUGGAGGACCGAAGCGGUUCAGGAUUGAACUGUGAUGUACCAUCUCGCUCUGAAGAUGAAGUCGCGAAGGCUAAGUCAGAAAUUUAUCAAGAGCUAUUAAUGUUACUUUUUAAAGAUCAAGAGAGAAUUGUUGGUUUAGUCAGAGGAAUUUCGUGGGAUCUCAAUGUGAAAUCGAAAACGGUUAUGGUAUCGUCGAAGCUUACGAUCUAUCAAACUGUGACACGGCAAAAUGAUGGUCAAAUCAAAUGCAUGCUCUGCGCAUCCGAAGAUGUGGUCGAGGCUUGUGGGGAAGGAUCAGAUCUAGACGAUGCGAAGAAUCAGGCGACUUUAGUUCUGGUCAACUCACUAUAUGGGAUAAUCCAGACUUGGAACACAAUACUUGCAACAUUCAAUGAUCGACUCAAGCAAACUCCAACUUCUUUGAUGGCUGGCAACGAAACUCAAGCCAAGCAUCAUGAAAAGGUCUCAUGUUUAGAAAAACUAGUUCCACCUCUAUUUAUGUAUUUUAUUAAAGUUCGCGACACACUUGUCAUUUCCACAGCAUGCAUCAAUGCGAGAGAUGCAAAGCGUUCUGCCAACGAAAGAUGGCGUGAUAUCCUGGAAACUUUAAUCAAGAUAAAAUCCAGUCAAACUCUUUUAUCUUCUUCAAGUGUGAAUUCUGAAGCAAAAAGAAAUUUAGCAGUGGUACAUCCAACUUCGUCGAGUGAGACGCCCCUCACUCAAGUAAAAAAAACCAAUCUGAUACUUUGCAGUGAUGACGAGAUGGAUGAUGAUGUCGAUGACUAUGACUCCGACGGGAUGGACUGCGAUGAUUGGGAUCCAUCUGGAAUAAAAACGACCCCAGAUGCAGAUAGUGCGAGCAAACAAACAAACGCAUUCGAAAAUGAGCUGAAAAUGUACUAUGAUGAGCGCUCCGAGAACGAUUGUACUGAUGAUGCCAAAUUUCGCGCAGCAAUUCGUAGUCUGUUUACACCUGAAGAUGACCUGUGUGCUGGAAUUGAUAGACUACGAGCCUCGCUCAAAUAUCGUGGAGCUGAAAAUGGACAGAUUGUUCCCAAUGUCACUGCAACUAUAAAGAUGGAACGUCUGCAAGAAGGCAUAUAUGAAGUUUUUGUCAAUGUUAAUGAAGUCAUUUGUUUUAAGGCAUCGAAAGUGUCAAAGUCUGAUGCUUGCAAUGCUGCUGUUAAUGGUAUGCUUGACGAGUUGAACAAGAUUCGGUCGGUCUGGGCACAAUUACUUCAUUUUUUGGACGUAAAAUCGCUAGCGCAUACAUCACCAACUGAUUCUUUCCACGAUCUCAAGUUGUCGGGGAUUGCAAGGAUUAUAACUACGGUAGAAGACCCACCCGGCUUGACUUCAGCUCGGGACUCUGGCUCAGGCGCUAGUAUCCACUGCACCGUACGAGUAGAUGGCUUUGUGCUUUGUCGGGCCACUUGGAGCUCAGAAAUAGAAGCUCGUCGCUUGGCUGAGUGGAGAGCAGUGCAAUUUUUAAUUGAUUUGAUCGAUUGUGGUCUUGAUUCUAAGCCAACGGAGGGAGACGAUGAAAAAAUAAAGAUUGAAAAUGAGCUGCCCAUGGUGAGCAGCUCCGUCGCAUGGUCAAGCCUUGUUCGUAUUCAGGAUGCAUCAAAUUUUAACAACUUUCACGAAUUUCGUGUUGAGGCAUUCUGGUGCCGUACGCGCGAUGGGAUGGUACCUGAAGAGUUUCCACAAAGCCGACAUAUCGUGAUCACACAAACGCGAACAAUUGGAAUGGAAAAAAUGGAGAAUGCAGUUCGUAACCUUCAUGAAUCGACGAUGGCGUUUUUCCGCUUAGAGUCUGCGCAUGAUCAUUGGAAGUUUGUGCGACAAUUAGUUCGCUAUUCAGAGAAACGAAAGCGAAACUCGCGAGCACUUGUGCUUUCAAUCUCGCCUGCAUGCCCGUACGAUAUGUAUUUGAUUCCGCCCGGAGCAUCUGUUAAUAGUGAAAACAACAAUUAUUGGCCGGAAAAGGCAUUGCCACGCAUUGGAGUUGAUCGUAAGAGUGUGGUUGGUUUCGUUACAAAAAAGAAACUUGACUGA